ACAUAUAUCAAGUGGCUCAGCAUUGACUUGACUAGCAUAUCCCCAACGAAGAUUGCACACCAGUCAUCACUAGAUCAUUUUCUUCUUCCAAAUACCAACAGGUUCUUAAUUAAUAACAUUCUCGUUCUUGUUCUCCUUCCCCUCCUUUAUGAUCAUGUUUAGAACAGCAAGUCUCCUAUUUGCUGUUCACACAGUUUCUCUUCUUUUUCUUCCGCUUUCAAGUCGUUCGCAAACUUCCGCGGCUACUUCCAAAUGUACUCCUUCUUGUGGCAACAUUAGCAUAAGCUAUCCAUUUCGUUUACAAGGAGAUCCUGGACACUGCGGCGACCAGAGGAAAAUAUUACGUACAGGCAAUCAAUUACAAUAACUACACGAUCCGACUCGUGGAUGCUGGUGUUCACAGGACCAAGGACAACUACUUCUCCAACCCAGUUUACCCUUUAACUGCCUUCAACAUUAGUUCUGAUAAUAACUACAUAUUAUACUACUUACAUGGAGAUGAACGUUACCAGUAUACAGCGGUGCCUUUAAUUUUCCUGAGCUGCACAAAUCAAAUGAAUUUUUCCGACCUCUUCAUUGAAACAGCUCCAUGCAUCAAGAAUACUGGCAUCCACUCUUCCUCUGAUUCAUCCCUGUCCACAGUGUAUUCUUAUUUCAUGCUUGGGCGCUUGGAUGAUGAUGGCUACCCAGAAGAUUUGAGUCCGGCUGAAUGGGGGUUGUCCUGCAAAAUAACACUCAUGGCUCUUGUGUCCCCCCUCCCACUCCCACUGACAAGUACAGCAAGUCGUGUCAAGGCAUAUAUAAACAACUAGCAUAUGGCUUUGAACUCUCCUGGGUCGGAUUAGAGAAAGGCCUUGGAGCUCCAACAACUAUAAAGAUAUUAGGUUCUUGCACAGUUUUUAUUAUUCUUAUGGUGACGGGGACAAUAAUCAACUGUGUCUAUCGCUCUAAAAGAGAAGAAGAAAAUCAGCUGAGAAUUAAAAGAUUUUUGGAUGACUACAGAGCUCUUAAGCCAAGCAGAUAUUCUUAUGCAGAUAUUAAGAGGAUAACAGAGCAGUUCAAGGAAAAGCUAGGUCAAGGGGCCUAUGGAACCGUGUUUAAAGGUAGAGUUUCCUCUAAAUUACUUGUUGCUGUGAAAAUCCUCAACAAUUCAAAAGAGAAUGGGGAAGAUUUUAUUAAUGAAGUGGGCAUAAUGGGUCAAAUCCACCAUGUCAAUGUGGUACGCUUGGUUGGUUACUGUGCUGAUGGCUUUAUACAAGGUCUUGUUUAUGAAUUCUUACCAAAUGGUCCACUCCAGAAUUUCUUAUCAUCAGCAGAUAAUGAGAAUUCGUUCCUUGGUUGGGAUAAGUUGCAAGAUAUUGCUUUAGGUAUAGCCACAGGAAUUGAAUAUCUUCACCAAGGUUGUGAACAACAAAUCCUCCACUUUGACAUCAAACCCCAUAAUGUGUUGCUAGACCAUGAUUUCACUCCAAAAGUUUCCGAUUUUGGUUUAGCCAAGUUGUGCUCUAGGGAUCAAAGUGCCGUAUCCAUGACUGCAGCGAGGGGAACCAUGGGCUACAUUGCACCAGAAGUCUUCUCUAGGAACUUUGGUAACGUGUCAUAUAAGGCAGAUGUCUAUAGUUUUGGAACAUUGCUUCUUGAAAUGGUGGGGGGCAGAAAGAAUUUUAAAGUCAUGGAGGACUCCACCAGCCAAGUCUACUUCCCAGAAUGGAUCUAUGACCUCUUAGAACAAGGGAAUGACCUUCGCAUCCAUAUUGGGGACGAAGGAAAUGUUGAAAUUGCUAAGAAACUUGCAGUUGUGGGUCUAUGGUGCAUCCAAUGGUAUCCAAUAGACCGUCCUUCCAUGAAAACAGUUGUUCAAAUGUUGAAAAGGGAAGGUGACAAUUUGACCAUGCCUCCGAAUCCUUUUGCCUUUACUUCAUCUUCGAGUUGAAUGAGAAUUCAUGUGCCAGCAAGAGCAACCAGUCAAGCUUAGGUGUUAACAGAAUAAGAUUGUUAUAGUGAUGUAUUAUUAGCAGAUCUACUAAGAAACUGCUGUCAAUUGUUGAAUAAUUUCAUGCAUGGAUUUCUAGUAUUAUAUAUUUUGUUAAUUAGUUGCGGUCGAAUAUAUAGUACGAGAAAUUCUCUUAGUUGUACCAGAAUAUAUCUCUUA